AUGAAGAAUUCGAAGAUUGCACCGUACGUGAAGUUAGUGCAAAGGUUGUGUAAAAGGUUCCGUAAUAUCGAGUUUAGGCAUACUCCAAGGUUGCAAAAUGAAUUUAGUGACUCUCUUGCUACUAUGUCCUCAAUGAUCAAACAUUCAGAUUCAAGUUACAUUGACCCUGUGGAGAUAUAUUUGAAAGAACAACCCGCUCACUAUUCGCAUGUCAAAGCAGAACUAGAUGGAAGGCCUUGGUAUUUUGACAUAAAGAAGUAUCUAGAAAGUAGAACUUAUACAGAUAAUGCAACCUUCAAUCAGAAGAAAGCAAUACGUCGAAUGGCUAACAAUUUCUUACUAAGCGGAGAAAUCUUAUAUAGGAGGACUCUAGAUAUGGGACUUCUCAGAUGUGUCGAUGCCAUUGAAGCUACAAAGCUUCUCGAACAAAUUCAAGCGAGAGAUCGAGUACCAGCUAUCGUUGUGGAUAAAUUGAGCCUAUUGCAGUCAGCUUCGGAGACUAGGGUGAGCACUUGA